UAAGUAGCGAAAUGGAUACCCGUGAUUGGUGGUUUACCUGGGAUUGAUGAGGUGUAGUGACCAAUGAGACUGUGGCGCGUGAAUGACCGGUCUUCAGUUAAAGGGGCGUAAGAUCAGAAAUUGCCAUUCCACUGAGGAACAGACCCUCUGUGAUACGCAGAAAACGAAAGAUAAAUACCCAUAUAGGAUCAGCAGUAUACGAUGCACCAAGACGCUGUGUGAAGAAAAUCUAGUCAGGGGGUUUACAUAUUGCUGUUUUGUGAAAAGGAACCAGCGUAACUUCUCCGAUAUUGCUGGGAAAGCCGCCGGAAUGAUUCCAUAUCUUUUAAUGGGGAUUGUAAGUUAACUGCGAGACCGUGUAAGUGGUUGCUACGACAAGUGAUUGAUUGUGUUUUUCUGUCAGAGGAUCGUCACUUCGAAUUUAUCCCAAUGUGGGAUUUUGUUCUUUCGGAAUGCUUGACUUCCAUAAAAGGCAAUACAUUAUAUAUUUAAUCUUUUUACGUACGGUUAAAUGUGACUUGCUGGUACGCAUAUAGUUGGUUUGAACAUAACCCUAAUUCAUUGAGAAACAAUGUUACUGGACGCUGGUCACCAGUUCCCUGGUUUGGGGGUUGGUACAUUUGCCAGGCACCAUUCAUCAAGCGAAAUGCAAGACAGAGACUUGAGUUUAACACAGAAUACCUUUGUCGAUUCAGCGCAUAUGGGCGCGUUUAAACUGAACCACGAUCUCUCUCCCGGACAGAGCUCUGCCUUUACCUCUCAAGCAGCUGGUUAUCCCGCUGCGGCUUUGGGUGCGCAUGCAGCUCAUGUCACGUCGUACGCUAGUUCGCCUUUCAACUCUACCCGGGACUUUCUCUUUCGCAGCCGCAGCUUCGGCGAAUCCUCUCCAACCAGCAGCCAACAUUCCAUAUUCGGCCCCACAGCGGGCUCUCUGCAUCACUCCCACACAGACGGCCAAGGCCACUUAUUGUUCCCAGGAAUCCACGACCAACAUGGAUCCCACGGCUCUCCAAAUGUUUUAAAUGGACAAAUGCGACUGGGACUACCGGGUGAAGUGUUCGGGCGACCGGAUCAAUAUCACCAGGUAUCCAGUCCCAGGACCGACCCCUACUCUGCAGCCCAACUUCACAAUCAGUAUAGCUCCAUGAACAUGGGUAUGAACAUGGCAGCCCAUCACCACCCUGGUGCCUUCUUCCGCUACAUGCGACAGCAGUGCAUUAAACAGGAGUUGAUCUGCAAGUGGAUCGACCAGGAACAGCUCAGCAACCCGAAGAAAAGUUGUAAUAAAACUUUCAGCACCAUGCACGAGCUGGUCACCCACGUCUCUGUGGAGCACGUAGGGGGACCAGAGCAGAGCAACCACAUCUGCUUCUGGGAAGAGUGUCCGCGAGAGAGUAAACCCUUUAAAGCGAAAUAUAAACUGGUCAAUCACAUUAGGGUGCACACGGGAGAAAAACCAUUUCCCUGCCCGUUCCCUGGAUGUGGGAAGGUUUUCGCACGAUCGGAAAACCUGAAGAUCCACAAGCGAACGCAUACAGGAGAGAAACCGUUCCAGUGUGAGUUCGAGGGCUGCGACAGGCGCUUUGCAAAUAGCAGUGACCGAAAGAAGCACAUGCACGUUCACACUUCUGACAAACCAUAUCUGUGCAAAAUGUGCGACAAGUCAUACACUCACCCCAGUUCCCUCAGGAAGCACAUGAAAGUUCACGAAUCCUCCGCUCCCGGGUCCGAGUCCUCACCCGCAGGCAGCUCUGGCUAUGAAUCCGCGACGCCCCCAGGCUUGGUGUCUCCGUCUACUGAAACCCAAAGUACCAACAACUUGUCUCCCGCGUCAGCGGUUCACAGUAACAACGGACACAACAGCCUAACUUCCAAUUUUAGUGAGUGGUAUGUUUAGGACAGAAUCUUCGGAAUCUAAAAGAAAAUCACUGAACAGAAGAAGAUAAAAUAAAGGAUACCAGAUCAUCGAAGACGUGUCCGAAGACAUCCACCUCUGCAGUCGUAACAUUUGUCUAUUCUACAUCAGGAUAUUUCUUUGUGCAUACAAUAACAAGAUGGUCACAAAUGUAUUUAAAAUUUGUAAAUAAUAAAUACUUACUUGCCCUCUUUUUCGUGGUUGUAUUUUUCUGUAUUUGACGUAGUCUAUAAGUGUUCUUUCAGUGGUAGCUGUUCAUGAAACAGGCCUUUAGUGCACAUGUUGUGAUGCGUCUGUAUUAUACAGUUCAAUAUUGUGAUCCCAAUACGGCAACUUGAUUGUAAAACAACUAUAAACAGGAAACUGUGCCAAAGUUAACACAACGUAAACAGACAGAAUACUUUCUCGUGAAUGUAAUUUUCGUUUGCUGGGUUUAACUCGUGACGUUUUGUGCUUUGCAAGCUUCGAUUGUUAAAUAUUUUGGGAAAAAAUGUGGAAAAAAUAAACACGUGCCGGUAAUUUUCGGUAAUUAUUGAAUCCUUUUGUAAAUAUCAGCAGUCAUAUUUAUCUAUGUGUAAUUAAAUUAAAGUAUUUACUUUCCACAGAUACAACAAUAUUUAUAAAGAAUGUUUCUUUACUAGAAAUGUGUACAAUUAUGAGCCAAACAUGAACAGUUGUUAAAUGUGUUUCUGUCCAAAAUUAAGAGACUUCAUGCCAUUCUUGUAUCGAGUUUCAAGAACUGCUGAAUAUAGAAAUAUAAUAAAAAGUGAUGAAAAAGUAAA